AUGACUGAGUUGACGGCGGAGGAAAAGUUCCAACUGAUAACUCGGAAUCUCGCAGAGUGGCUCGGAGAAGACAAGCUAAAGACCAUCCUCCAGGAACGAGAUCUCAAAGUCUACUGGGGAACUGCGACCACAGGAAAGCCGCACAUUGGGUACUUCACGCCGCUAUCCAAGAUCGCUGACUUCUUGAAGGCUGGCGUUGAAGUUACAAUUCUGUUUGCGGACUUGCACGCUUAUCUGGACAAUAUGAAGUCUUGUUGGGACCUAUUGGCUCUCAGGGUUCAGUACUACGAAGCGCUGAUCAAGGCUACGCUCAAGUCUAUUGGUGUUCCUUUGGAUAAAUUGAAGUUUGUCAAGGGAACCGACUACCAGCUGUCUAAAGAGUACACUCUAGACGUCUACAAGCUAACGGCAUCAGUAACAGAGCACGACGCCAAAAAAGCUGGAGCUGAAGUCGUUAAACAGUCAGCAGAUCCUCUGCUGUCUGGACUUUUGUAUCCAGGACUCCAAGCUCUGGAUGAACAGUACCUGGGAGUAGAUGCUCAGUUCGGUGGAGUUGACCAGAGGAAGAUCUUUACUUUUGCUGAGAAAUAUCUGCCGAAACUUGGAUAUGAGAAGCGGAUCCACUUGAUGAAUCCCAUGAUUCCUGGUCUAGCUGGUACUAAAAUGUCCUCAUCAGAAGAAGAUUCUAAAAUAGACUUACUAGACAACGCAGCAGCGGUUAAAAAGAAGCUUAAAAAGGCAUUCUGUGAGCCUGGAAACAUUGUUGAUAAUGGAAUUCUUUCGUUUUCUAAGCAUGAAAUAAUCCACCCAGGAGACUUGAAAGCUGCCGCAGAAGUCUACAUCAAUAAACUGUUGGAUCCAAUCCGCAAGGCGUUCGAAACGGACCCUAAUUUAAAGACUCUGAGCUCUAAAGCUUACCCGCAACCCGGAAAGGAGAAAAAACAAGUCGAAAAAAAGAACCCAGCAAACCAACCAGCAGAAAUAGAACCCUCUCGCUUGGACAUCCGUGUAGGAAAAAUCGUCGAAGUUUCUAAACAUCCUGACGCUGACUCUCUUUACGUCGAAAAAAUCGACGUUGGAGAAGCUUCUGGGCCAAGAACUAUUGUCAGCGGGCUUGUUAACUUUGUUCCUAUUGAGGAAAUGCAGAACCGCAUGGUGGUCAUCCUGGCUAACUUGAAGCCAGCUAAUCUCCGAGGUGUCGCUUCUCAUGGAAUGGUUCUUUGUGCUUCAGUGGACGGAGAGGAAAGAAAAGUUGAGCCUUUAAGGCCACCAGCAGACGCGGCUCCAGGUGACAGAGUCAUUGUUGAAGGCUACGAAGGAACUCCAGAUGAAGUUCUCAAUCCUAAAAAGAAAGUUUGGGAAAAACUCGCCGUUGACCUAGUGGUCAAUGCUAAUGGCGAAGCUUCUUGGAGCGGGAAUUUAUUGGUCACUGCUUCAAAGGGAAAACUCACUGCCGACUCGCUUAAAAAUGUUCCUAUUAAAUAA